AUGGAGCUGGAGCAGAGAGAGGGGUCCAUGGCAGCUGUGGGCUUUGAGGAGUUCUCAGCACCUCCUGGCUCGGAGCUGGCGCUGCCUCCACUGUUCGGUGGUCACAUCCUGGAGAGCGAUCUUGAGACCGAAGUGGAGUUCGUGUCUGGGGGUCUGGGCAGCUCCAGCCUCCAGGAGCGAGAUGAAGAGGAGGAGGCAGCCCAGGGCCUGCAGCGGUGGCGCCAAUGGGAACUCAAUCGCAGGAAGUAUUGGGCACUGUAUCUGCACUGCAGGGAGAUCAAGCAGGUGAAGGAGCGGGUCCUGAACAGGCUCCAUCAGAUACAGAGGAUAACACAGAGACUCCAGCAGGAGCGGAGGUUCCUCAUGAGGGUUCUGGACUCCUACGGUGACGACUACUGGGCCAGCCAGUUCACCAUCUUACUGGAGGACAAGGGCAGCCAGGGCACAGACGCCUGCACCCCAGGCAACGCUGAGAAUAAGCCUCCAGAGAAAGAGGGGCUGUCCCUGCCCAGGAGGACACCAGCACCUGCAGAAACCAGCAGCCCGGCCCCUGGUGAGGGGCCCAGCAGUUGGAAGGGGUGGCGAGUGCCACGGGAAGGGCACAGGGCAGGAGUUCUGCUGACUCUGGAGCUGGCCCCCGUGCAGAUAAAGGGGGAGGAAGACUUUGGCUUCAAAGCAUUCAAGGCUCUGGACUCAAGUUGGGUUUCUUGGGGGCCAGACAAGCUGCUGCCCUACCCCACCCUUGCUAGCUCCCCCUUUGACUGA